ACUCGGCUGAGCUUAUUUAUAAUGGCUGUCGCACUCUGGCUUGAACCAAAGAAGAACAGCGCCAUGCACGACGUGCUCUCGGCGUUGAUGGACUCCCUUCAAUCCCUCUUUCCCGACGCCCCGGUGUUUGGACCCCACAUCACCAUAACAUCCAAUCUCGUUGUGAAAAACAAGACGGAUGUGGAGACUGUUCUUCGCGCUGCAGCGGUCGCUAUGGACACGUUAAAGCACCAACCAUCGCCGGAUUCCUCCUCAGAGCCAAACAUAGGCGAGGGUCAGAUAUCGCGGUCGACCCAUCUCAUCACAUUGGAAGGAUUCAAGGUGGGGAAGCUGUUCCUCGACAAACUACAUUUCUCGGUUCGAAAGACGGCCCAGCUCGUAUCUUUCGCCCAGAUAAUACGCGAGUUGUACGUGCUGUACCCAGAGUUGGUGUUGCACAAAGUCCGGACCCAAUCGGAACUGGACUUGGUAGUACUAGCGGGCAAGGAAGCAGCUCUGUGGGCUCUCAACGAGUUCCAUCCACACCUCUCGCUUAUCUACUCCUCUACGUACCCCGUGAACCAGGCUCUUUUGCGAACGGUAGAGACGCGAAUCAAAGACGCGUUGGAUAUAGAUGUCUUGGAUGAGUUCGCUAAAUUCAACAUCGGCUGGAACGGUGGGAUACUACGUGUCAUGAGGUGUGAGGGUCCAGUUAACGAAUGGGAGGAUCUCGGCUCCAUCGACAUCCACGGGUGAGAAACUUAACCAGUGUUCACAUACCAGUGGGCUAACGGAUAAUUAAUGUUAGAUGAAUUAUAGGUUGUAUAUGUGAGGACGCACCAUCCUUUUCUAUAACUCAUGACGUGAAACAACACCCAACCCGGUGAAUCCAAAAUGGUAAGCACUCGGGGAGACUUCAGGUAGAUUAGAUAUAAUACAAGACGUGGCCUUCAAACUGAUAUCCAUUACCCUGGAUUAAAUGAGGGAGG